GAUUAUUCCUUAAAGGUACAUUUCUUUGUACGUUAACAAUUUCAAAACGAAAAUAAAAGUUGGAUUUGAACAAGCCAAUCCGGCGGCGAACGGCGGCGAAAAUGAAGCCCCGCCGUCACCUGCCAAAUCAAAACAGAAGAAAUCGGGCUGUUACAUCAGUUUUUCAGCUCCCUUACCAAUGUAUCCGCUCCACCAUUACUUUUUCAUCCCCCAAAAUUAGAAACAACAUCCAACUACGAAAAAUCAUGGAGCCUGAAGCCAACAGAGAAAAAACACCAAAAUCAUUUUUCCUCUCCUUUCUCUUUCAUCGUUCCAUUCCCUCUUGGAAAAUUGAAAAAUGACGGUAAUUGAUAUCCUAUUCCGAGUCGAUGAAAUCUGCAAGAAAUAUGACAAGUACGAUCCCGAGAAGCAACGCGAAGCCAAUGCCUUUCUCGACGAUGCCUUCGCUCGCCUCUACUCUCUCGUUGAGGCCGACAUCGAAAAGGCUCUCGCUGUUCGCUUCCUUUUUUCUUAUCCCUUCCUUUUAUUGUUUUCUUUUCAAACAUUGAUUUUUCAAAUUAAUUAUUGGAAUAAAAUGCAGAAAUCUGACAAGGUUUCUACGGAGAAGAAUAGAGCAGCGGCGGUGGCAUUGAGCGCUGAGAUUCGUCGGAUAAAGGCUCGAUUGAUGGAGGAAGUUCCUAAGCUUCAAAAAUUGGCUAAAAAGAAGGUGAAGGGACUUUCCAAAGAGGAUCACGAAACGCGUUUCGAUAUGGUUCUAGCGCUACCUGAUCGGAUUAAAGCCAUUCCAGAUGGGUCUACGGCUGCAUCAAACCAGAGCGGUGGAUGGGGAACUUCAUCAUCCAACAAAAAAAUCAAAUUUGAUUCAUCAGAGGAGCGCUUCGGUAGUGAUUUUUACCAACAAACUGAAGAGUCAGAUCAAUUUAGACAAGAAUAUGAAAUGAGAAAAAUGAAACAGGAUGAAGGUCUUGAUGUGAUAUCAGAAGGUCUGGAUACACUGAAAAAUAUAGCUCUCGACAUGAAUGAGGAAAUAGAUAGACAAGUUCCUCUAAUGGAUGAAAUUGAGACAAAGGUUGACAAGACAACAUCUGAUAUUCGAAAGAAUAAUGUUAGACUGAAGAAAACCAUUACCCAGAUAAGAUCCAGCCGAAAUUUCUGCAUUGACAUUAUUCUGCUGUGUAUCAUUCUAGGGAUUGCUUUCUAUUUGUACAAUGCACUGAAAUGAAUAGAGGCUUUCAUGUACGUCCAUUUAGCCCUAAGGAACCUACAGCUAUACUGUUUAUGUUACUGUAACAGGACAUGAUUUUUUUGCCCUGCAAUAAUAUACAUGGCUUUGUAGCAUUGCUUGGUAUGUCAAUAAAACAUUUUUAUGUUUA